AUGGCGGACAGAGGGGACGAGCGCGGGCGGGACCGCGACUUCCGGGUCCUCAUGGGCCACGCCCACGGCUUCAUGGUUUCCCAGCCCGUGCAGGUGCUGUUUGCGGCCUGCGACCUGGGCGUGUUCGAUGCGGCGGCCCGAGGCCCGGUGUGCGCGGACGUGGUGGCGAGGGCGGCGGGGGCGGAUCCCCGGGCGACGCGGCUGCUGAUGGACACCUGCGCGGGGCUGGGGCUGCUCAGGAGGGCGGGGCCAGGUGAGGGGCGGAGCUCCUUCGCCAACACCCGGCUCUCCGACACCUUCUUGGUGGUGGGCAGUCCCCUGUCUCAGUGCAGCAUGCUGCGCUACCUCGCGGGCACGCCCUACCGCUGCUGGGCCCACCUGGCCGACGCCGUCAGGGAUGGGCGUGACCAGUACGCGAGGGCCGUGGGCGUCGACGCCGAGGAUCCGUUUGCUGCCAUUUACAGGUCGGAGGCGGACCGCGUGCUGUUCACACGCGCACUGCAGGAGACCUGGAGCCUCUGCGGGAGGCGUGUCCUCACGGCCUUUGACCUCUCGCCCUUCCGGGUCAUCUGUGACGUUGGCGGCGGGUCUGGGGCGCUGGCCCGCGAGGCCGCCCGUCUCUACCCGGGCAGCACCGUCACCGUGUUCGACACGCCCGAGGUCGUGGGGUCGCAGCUCCGCCCACCCGGGGAUGAGGAAGAGGCGGGGCCGCGUGUGCGCUUCAUCGCAGGCGACUUCUUCCGCGCGCCGCUCCCGCCCGCCGACCUCUACGUCCUGGCGCGGGUGCUGCACGACUGGGGCGACGCGGCCUGCGAGGCGCUGCUGCGGGGGGCGCACCGCGCGGGCGGCCCAGGCAGCGCGGUGCUCAUCGUGGAGCGCGUCCUGGAGGCGGGCGGGGCGGGGCCCCCGGAAGCGCUGCUGCUGUCACUCAACAUGCUGCUGCAGACACGCGGGCGCGAGCGCACCGAGGCCGAGUACCGCGAGCUCGCGGCCCGGGCCGGGUUCCCGCGCCUGCGCCUGCGCCGCCCAGGGGGGCCGUAUGAGGCCAUGCUGGCCCGGAAGUGACGUCAUGCUGGCAAGGAAGUGACGUCGGGUGACAGGAAGUGAUGUCACAGCCGGAGCUGGGGCAAUAAACGCGCCUCACCCGAGUGUCCCAGCCU